AUGACUGGAACCCCAACGAUUCAAGAAGGAGCUAAAGAUCUUGAAGUAGACAUGAAUAAAACAGAAGUUACUCCCAGGCUGUGGACCACCUGUCGAGAUGGAGAAGUCCUUCUGAGGCUAUCCAAACAUGGACCGGGCCAUGAGACCCCAAUGACCAUCCCUGAAUUUUUUCGAGAGUCAGUCAACCGAUUUGGAACUUAUCCAGCCCUUGCAUCCCUGAACGGCAAAAAGUGGGAAGUUCUGAAUUUCAACCAGUACUACGAGGCUUGUCGGAAGGCUGCAAAAUCCUUGAUCAAGCUGGGCUUGGAGCGUUUCCACGGAGUUGGCAUCCUGGGGUUUAACUCUGUGGAGUGGUUUAUCACUGCUGUUGGUGCCAUCCUAGCCGGGGGUCUCUGUGUUGGUAUUUAUGCCACCAACUCUGCCGAGGCUUGUCAGUAUGUCAUCACUCAUGCCAAAGUGAACAUCUUGCUGGUUGAGAAUGAUCAACAGUUACAGAAAAUCCUUUCGAUUCCACAGAGCAGCCUGGAGCCCCUAAAAGCCAUCAUCCAGUACAGACCGCCAAUGAAGGAGAAGAGCAACUUGUACUCUAUCACGUGGAUGGCAGGAGCAGUGGCAAAGGACUUUAAACUGACAGAAAAGCAUGAGACGGUGGUCAGCUACCUCCCACUCAGCCACAUUGCAGCACAGAUGUUGGACAUCUGGGUACCCAUAAAGAUUGGGGCGCUCACUUACUUUGCUCAAGCAGAUGCUCUCAAGGGCACCUUGGUAAAUACUCUACAGAAGGUAAAACCUACUGUCUUCAUGGGAGUGCCCCAGAUUUGGGAGAAGAUACAUGAGACAGUGAAGAAAAAUAGUGCCAAGUCCACAGGCUUGAAGAAGAAGGUGUUCGUGUGGGCAAGAAACGUUGGCUUCAAGGUCAACUCAAAAAAGAUGUUGGGGAAAUAUAAUACUCCCAUGAGCUACCGCGUGGCUAAGACUCUCGUGUUCAGCAAAGUCAAGACGUCCCUUGGCUUGGAUCACUGUCACUCUUUCAUCAGUGGGGCUGUGCCUCUCAACCAAGAGACUGCCGAGUUCUUUCUAAGCUUGGACAUACCUAUAGGCGAGUUGUAUGGGUUGAGUGAAAGCUCGGGACCCCACACAAUAUCCAACCAGAAUAACUACAGGCUUCUAAGCUGUGGCAAGAUCUUGACUGGGUGCAAGAAUAUGCUGUUCCAGCAGAACAAGGAUGGUAUUGGGGAGAUCUGCCUCUGGGGUAGGCACAUCUUCAUGGGCUACCUGGAAAGUGAGACUGAAACUACAGAGGCCAUCGAUGAUGAAGGCUGGCUACACUCUGGGGAUCUGGGCCAGCUGGACAGUCUGGGAUUCCUCUAUGUCACUGGCCGCAUCAAAGAAAUCCUUAUCACUGCUGGUGGUGAAAACGUGCCCCCCAUUCCCGUUGAGACCUUGGUUAAGAAGAAGAUCCCCAUCAUCAGUAACGCCAUGUUAGUAGGAGAUAAACUGAAGUUUCUGAGCAUGUUGCUGACGCUGAAGUGUGAGAUGAAUCAGAUGAGCGGAGAACCUCUGGACAAGCUGAACUUGGAGGCCAUCAACUUCUGCCGGGGUCUGGGCAGCCAGGCAUCCACCGUGACUGAGAUUGUGAAGCAGCAAGACCCCCUGGUCUACAAGGCCAUCCAGCAAGGCAUCAAUGCCGUGAACCAGGAAGCCAUGAACAAUGCCCAGAAGAUUCAAAAGUGGGUCAUCUUGGAGAAGGACUUUUCCAUCUAUGGUGGAGAGCUAGGUCCAAUGAUGAAACUUAAGAGACAUUUUGUAGCCCAGAAAUACAAAAAACAAAUUCAUCACAUGUACCAUGACUGCUUUGAUGGAGCUGCUGUCAGCUAUUCUGAUGGUAAGAUUCAGUCCACUGGGGGUCUCCGGACGCCGCUGCCCGCCUGUCCGCAGGCUGAGCUACUUGGACCACGGAGCGCGACGAGGAGGCGCGACUGCGGCUCAGCAAGGACUAGGUUCAACGAGACACUCCUCACCGUGCACGACAUGGUCGCAAGCACGGCCACCAAGUACGCCAACAACAUCGCGCCCAGCUCCAACUACAGAGACAGCUUCCACCUGCUCACCUACAUCGAGUACCACGAGCAGUGUCCUGGCGUCGCCAAGUCUUUCUUCGAAGUCCCGCCAGGCGGCCCGCGCCUGCGCCGCACUGCUUCCGGGCCUUUCUUCCCCGCCCCUCCCCACCUCCUGCGCCUGCGCGCCUUUCCUGCCCCCUGGUACGCCUGCGCACCGCUCCGGCCCACUCGCUUCUGCGCCUGCGCGUCGCUGCAGGGCCUUCCUCCCCCACCCCCACUCCGCCUCCUGCGCCUGCGCGCCACUCCGUCCGUCCUGCGCCUGCGCAGUGUUACUCUCCCGAGAGAGCAAAACACAGAGAUCUGCACUGGGGGCAGGCGGCUUAUCACGAAACACGUGGCAAUCACAAAGUGCCGGGCCCCUUCCUAUGGAAGUGUCCCCAGAGCCCUCGUGGCCCAGCCGCCGGGCAGCUGGGGUGGGGUGGGAGAGCAGCUGGGGAUGCUGCUUUUGGAGCCCGUGCUGCCCGGCACGUCCAUCGGGUGGUCACGGAGCCAGCCCUGGGCCCAGAGCAGCUCUGGAGGACGACGUGAGGCCUUCCGGCCAGAGGAGGCAGUGGGGCCGGGAGAGAAACAGAGCAGGUGGCGAGGAGUCCUGGAGGCUUCCUCGGAAGGUUCUCGGGCCCUUCCCCGAGAGUUCUGGGGAGUUUCCCCAGGACAGCUGGCAUUGGGGGCAGCCUUGGAGGCAGGGGUCCCCACCAAGGAGUGUUCAGGUCUGCUGACAGCAUCAGAGCAGGGACAAGAUUAG